AUAUGGCUGUUAAUCUGAGCCGUAGUCUUCAGUAUCUGCGACCAACUGUGAACCAGGGUUUACAUCGAGUAUGUAAUGGAGGGUUAGAAUCUAGAAGAAAUGCACAUUUUACAUUUGUUCCAGAAACCCCAGAUCCAUCUCAAGGUGAAACCGCCAAAAUGACCCUUCUACAGUCAGUCACAGACGCUCUGGACAUUGCACUAACCAAGGAUCCGACUGCUGUUGUAUUUGGAGAGGAUGUUGCGUUUGGAGGGGUGUUCAGAUGCACAGUUGGUUUGGGAGAAAAGUUUGGCAAGGAGCGUGUAUUUAACACACCACUCUGUGAACAGGGAAUUGCAGGCUUUGGAAUAGGUAUGGCCGUAGCUGGGGCAACCGCCAUUGCUGAAAUCCAAUUUGCGGAUUACAUCUUUCCUGCCUUUGAUCAGAUAGUGAACGAGGCUGCCAAGUAUAGAUAUAGGAGUGGAAACACAUUUGAUUGUGGUAGUUUAACUAUACGAGCAACUUGGGGAGCUGGAGGACAUGGAGCUCUUUACCAUUCUCAGAGUCCUGAAUCCUACUUCGCGCAGACCCCAGGACUCAAGAUUGUUAUUCCACGAAGCCCGGCCAAAGCAAAGGGUUUGUUAUUGUCCUGUAUCCGGGACAAGAAUCCUUGUAUUUUCUUCGAACCUAAAAUUCUGUACAGAUCAGCUGUUGAACAAGUUCCUGUUCAGGACUACGAGCUUCCCCUAGGUGUGGCUGAUAUCCUAGUCCCAGGGGACGAUGUUACUCUAAUAGGGUGGGGGACACAGAUUCAUGUUCUGAGAGAGGUGGCUGAACUAGCUCAGGAGAAAUUAGGAGUCUCAUGUGAGGUGAUUGAUUUAGUUUCUAUCCUUCCUUGGGACAGAGAUACAAUAUUCAACAGUGUUAUUAAAACUGGAAGGGUCAUCAUUUCCCACGAGGCUCCGUAUACUGGUGGGUUCGGAGCAGAACUAGCUGCUUGUAUCCAGGAGAAUUGUUUUCUAAACCUUGAAGCUCCAGUUCAGAGAGUUUGUGGACAUGAUACUCCUUUCCCUCACAUCUUCGAACCCUUCUACCUUCCCGACAAGUGGAGGUGCCUGGAGGCAAUCAAAAAAGUCACAAGUUUUUAGAUCUGUUCAUGUCUCAGGGGAAGAAAGUUCCAAACUUGAAACUCACUUCUAGGUUUCGGCCAAAUCACGGUUGGAAACUUUCUUCCCCUGUAUUCACAAAGCCGCGCUAGAAACAUUAUUUGUAAAAUUUGAGUCUGAAAUGAGUUUUCAUGAGAGAUGAUUUUAUUUUCAAAAAUAGAUUUGAUUUAUUACUAGUAUUCUGCUACCCAUAAAGAAUGAGACUUCAGAGAUUACCUUCAGAAAUUUGUUUAUUGCAAUUUGCUUGCAAACUUGUCAUUUAAACUUUCACUUAUUGUCAAUGAAGUCGCAUCAUUUGUUGGUACUGCAUUAUUAUAGUAUUAAGAUAAAACUAUUGUAUUAGUAUAAAAAUUAUUCAAAAUGAUAACUCCCAGUCAUACGGUUCUUAAAAUUACGUAUUUUUAUCAUAAAAUAAUCUAAAUUUCGUCUUCAUUCUUCAUUCUUGAGCCGUGUCUAGAAAUUUUCAAAGAGUAUUGAAUCAUUUCCUUUAUCUUAGAAUAGAACUAGAGAAUCUCUUUAAUCAUAUUUGUUAAACUUUAUGUAUUGUUAUUAAUAAAAUGGUAAUUAGUCAA